AAAAUAACUAUUUCAUAAGUGGAAUAGCUCAUUUCAAACACGCCUUUGUAAAAUACAUGUACGGCACGGUGGAAAUUGCAUUAGUAUUCACGGAGAUAGCUUUAACUAUAGUUGGUCUUGCACGUGGAUUGCGUGACAGAAUGAAAUCAAAUUAAAACGUCAAAAUAAGUUUGAGGUUAUUUCUUGUGCAGUAGGAAAUGUGUUAAUAUUUUCAAUUUAACGAAAAUGGAUAUCGUAAAUGAAAUACUGCAAAAAGAACACAAGAAGUCUGAGAAGUAUAAACCUAUAACAGUAGAGAAGCAUUUGGAUGUCGAACUUGAUUUAGGCACACUACUUGCAUCAGAUACCAACGAUUUGGACGCAAAAUUACUGCAGUCUAAGAAAGACUCGUAUUUAGAGUCGUUAACUCGUGACAACACACAGUUACUGCUGAACAAAAUAUGGGAGCUCCCCACCGAGCGAGUUGACGAAGCUAUCGUGGUCCGCCUGCCUGAGCCCAAGACUGUGCUCCCGAGAGCUAAGCCUUGUCCCAAGCCCAAGCCACUGACGAAAUGGCAGGAAUUCGCCAAAGCUAAGGGUAUCACAAAGAAGAAGAAGGAUAAACUGCAAUGGGAUGAACAGCUACAGAAAUGGGUGCCAUUAUAUGGUUUCAAGAAGGCAGCCGCAGAGAAAGAGAAGAAUUGGCUGAUAGAAGUGCCACAGAACCUGGACCCCAUGACUGACAUGUUUGAGAAGAAAGCCAGUGAGAAGUCAGAGAAAGUGGCCAAGAAUGAGUUGCAGAGGCUCAAGAAUAUUGCCAGGGCCCGGAAGGUCAAGAUACCUAGAGUUGGUUUGCCUGUCACAUCUGAUAAAGCUUCAGCUAACCAGUUAGACACUGCAGCAACUAUAGCCAAGGCCUCCACAGCAUCACUUGGCAAAUUCCAAGAUAAACUGCCCAAAGAGAAGGAAGCCAGAGGCAAAGGCAUUCAUGAACUUAUUCCAGGCAAAGAGAGGAAGCGCAAACUGCCUAUACCAACCCCUGCACAAGAGAGAGAGAAUAAUUUAAAUAUGCUUGAUAACAUAUUGAAUAAGAGACCUAAAAUUGAUAUGGAGAAAGCUGUAGCUAAGCACAUACAUGAGGAACAAGUCAACCGAUCAGAAGAAAAGAAAACCAUGAAACCUGCCAAGGGCAAGCGUAACUUCAAAGCCAAGACCAAGGGUAACAAUGCCACUAACUUCACAGCUAAGAAACCUAAGGCUGGCAAAGGACAGAGGAAUCCUAGUAAAAAGGCAGGCGGUAGGAAGAGAAGAUAAACAUUGUGAUACUUGAAAACUGACUUUGUAAUACUUUACCAGUUGCACCAUUUGUAUAUAACGAUAACCACGUUAUAAGCAACCGUCUAGUUGCCGCUUAUUGGUCAAAUUGCCAAUUUGACAACUGAAAAAUAGUUUUAUUGUAUACUAGCCGUUUUCCUGCGGUUUCACCCGCGUCCUGUGGGAGCUACUGCCUGAACCGGGAAAAACUAUAGCCUAUGUUACUCGCAGAUAAUAUAGCUUUCUAAUGGUGAAAGAAUAUUUAAAAUCGGUCCAGUCGAUUUUGAGUUUAUCUAUUACAACCAAACAAACAAACUUCCUCUUUAUAAUAUUAGUAUAGAUGUACUUUUUUAUACCUAAAUCAUAGGGUGGCGUUUCAAAUAGCCAAUUCGCCAUCUUGCAUGUCCGCCAUGUUGGAUCUAAGCCAAGUGAUUUUUUUUCGUAUUCCUGACAGCAAACCCUUUCAUUUGAUAACCAUAUUAAGGGGGUGGAUUUCAAACAGCCAGUCCGCCAUCAUGGAUUUGUAAUGACGUUUCUAAGCUAGUCAUGUAUUGUCAUCAUAAAAUAGUUUGGUUAUCGUUAUAGUUAAAUGAUGCAACUUACUGUAAAAGUGCUAGAAUAUACUUGCAUACUUUAAGUGGUUUUUUACAUAACACCUCCUGAUUUGUAUUUGUACAGGAAAAGUGUUGUUUCUACUUCUUAUUUAAGUUAUUUUAGUACUUGUGCAUUGUACAAGCAAAUGUUUUUCUGAUACAUGAUUUAGGAUAAACCAAAAACAGGUGAAUAAAUAAUAUUAUUAUUCUACUAUGUAUAAAUUCAGAAAUACUCCUUGAAAAAGCUUAGUCAGAACUUAGGGAAUUCCUGGAGCUCCGCCUUUUCAUGCAAUGUAAUUACUUUUUAUCAAAAUAUGUUCCACAGAUAUGUAAAGGGUUGAAAUAAUAAACAAGUGAACCUUUUCAAAA